GCGCCCGAGGUAUUUUUAUCCCGUGGGCUUCGUGUGCCGCUGCGUGCCCACUGCUCCGGUCUGCUUCAGUUACACUCCGCUCACCCACUUACCUGCUCCACUCUCGUCUGCUCUCUGGCUUCCUGAGCUGCUGCUGGAAAUCCUCAUCUGCGUAGAGCGCGAGGCCUUUGGACAUCGGGCGAGGCGCUGUCCGACGCGACUAAGCAGUGCUGUGCCGUGCCGUGUCCUCGCGUGUUCAGGUGUACGAAAACGUAUGAUAAGGCGCUGCUUUUGACAGACAAAAGGCCCAGUUGGACAGGACCCAGCCCCGUGUCAGGAGGGCCGCUGUAAAUGGGAGUGUAGGUGACGUGUGCUAUGCGCGCUUAGGGCUGCGGGCGUGGAGGGGGUGGGCGUGCGGAGCAAGGGGCAGUAUGAGCGGGCGCAGCCGUCAGCAGUACGGCCGGAGCGCCACGACCUCGUACACGAACAUCCUCGGGGAUUCCGGCGGUGACAUCCUAAACCGCUGUUCGAACCUGCUCAAUAAGUUCGCGUCGCGCGUGCGAGCCGCGUCGCAGUCGGGGGAUGACCGCGUGCCCCUCCACGACGCCAGCAACAGCCUCGGCGGCGGCAGCCACUCCUCCAGCAAGAGCUCUUACUCGCAGUACCCCAUGUUGCUCAAGUACAACAAGUACGACGACUCGCCGCGUUACGCCGACUACAAAUCCUCGUCGGCGCUCGUGGCCGAAAUGAAAUCACGACCCUCGCACGACGUGGCGACCUCCCGCUACAAGCCCGGCCAGGGCAGUUCGGUGCUGCAGACCUUCAAGUCCGACUACGGCGCUUCGGACCUGGGCAAGAGCGAUGGGUCGCCGCGGGCCAGCAGGUACACGUACAGCCGCACGGCCUCGGACCUGGGCCUCGACGGCGACUACGGGCUGCGGAGCGCGUACGCCUCGACGUCCGCUCCCUCGCCCAACUUCGACAAGAUCGGCUCGCGCUACAAGCCGAGUCGGUUCCUGAAGAAGAACAACCUGGCGCGGACGGGCUGCGACGAGGAGGACGAGGCCGCCGACGAGAUCAGCAUGCUCAGGAAGAACUCCAGCGUCAAGAAGACCGACUACUGGUCGCAGUACGGCGCGCACUCCCCGAACAUCAUGGACAAGUGCCUGGAGGCAGGCAGCAGCAGCAGGCUGGGCAACCUGAGCCCGCAGCUGCGGCGGCGCCAUGGCGACGGCGCCCUCGUCAGCGGUACCAGCCGAUUCCGAGCGACGAGGCCCGUAACGGUGCCCGAGACGAACGACACGCGGGAGAGCACGCAGUCCAUCCUGAACAGGUACUCGGGCUUGUCCAGCGCCGCCCUGGACAAUGAGACGGGCAGCACCUCGUCAGCCACGCCCGAUAGCAUCGCUGACGACGCCGCCCGCCGGAAGGAGCGGGCGCAGCUCAUCAACAUGUAUUCGCUGCCGCUGAACGUCCUCCACAACAUCGGCAGCUCCCACAACCGCAAGUUCCUGAAGCGCGGCAAAGACUCCGCGUGCCAGGGCGAGCAGGACGGCGACGCGGGGCGGCAGAGGGCGCUGCGCUACGACCAGGUGAAAGAGAUGGCUGCCAAGGUGUCGGAGUUCUCCACGUACAUCCCGGAGGAGGAGGGCAGCCAGGGCCCGCCGCGGAAAGUGUUAUACGGUAGUGCUUCCACGGGUGAUGUGCUCUCGGCCUUGAACAAAGCCAGUAUGCGAAGCUCAGACAACAUGUCCAAACAGAGCACGCCGGACUCUGAAAAGUUCGUGCUGUACGACCCGCCCAUUGUGUUCGAGAAGGCGGCCGUGCGCGAAAAGCCGUACCCGACCGCGUGUAUCAAGCCCGUUAAGCCCACCAGCCUCGCCCUCACCCGAACCAACACCAUGGACCUCCUGGACUCCCCCACGGACGCCCUCGCGCCCCGCCUCCAGAGCUCGCAGUCGCAGAAGAGCCUGUUCUCCAUCCUGGACCCCGUCAACAGUCCGUACGGCGUCAAGACCCCCAACACGCCCACCACGCCCUCGCUCAAGGUGUCCAACUACAUAGAGCCGGAGCAGGAGUACACUUUCACCACAUUCAAACCCGCGGUUAUGUCCCCGCAUUGGCCCCCAAGUCUCCCCUGGACCAGCAAGUGUCCGUGACCGUGUCCGUGAAGCCCAAGGUCGCCGGCGCCGCCCUGGCCUCGAAGCCGAAAACCGACCAGGACGACUCGUACUCGUUCGUCAAGUACAAGGCGAAGGCUGGGGUGGGGGCCGCGCCGUCGGGCAACGGCAAGGGCCUCAAGUCGGCCGCCUCGACGGCGAGCAUCUCGGCGUCGGCGCUGGGCCCCGGGGCGCCCGCGCAGCCGCUGCGGAAGGCGGGGGUGUUGGACCUGCUGGGCAUUCAGGAGGUGGGGAACAAGACUAGUGUGAAGCAACAGUAUUCUUCCUUCUACAGCUCUAGUAGCGUGAGUAGUGAUAGUUCACGGGCACCGUCAGUGGAAGAUGAUGAAGAUGGACACCUCAUAUACCGCAAUGGCGACGUGCUGCAAGAUAGAUACAAGAUCAUUACCACUCUCGGCGAGGGCACCUUCGGCAAGGUGGUCAAGUGUCGCGACCUGCAGAGUGAUCGGCACAUAGCUCUCAAGAUCAUCAAAAAUGUCGAGAAAUAUAGAGAAGCUGCCAAGUUGGAAAUCAAUGUGCUGGAGAAGCUGGCCGAGAAAGAUCCCCACAACAAACAUUUGUGUGUCAGGAUGUUGAGCUGGUUUGACUACCAUGGUCAUGUGUGUAUAGCCUUUGACAUGCUUGGACUAAGUGUGUUUGACUUCUUGAAGGACAACAAUUACCGUCCAUAUGCCCUGGAACAAGUCCGACACAUCUCCUACCAGCUGUGUUAUGCUGUCAAGUUCCUCCAUGACAACAAACUUACUCAUACUGAUCUCAAGCCCGAAAACAUCCUUUUCGUCGAUUCAGAUUACGACUUGACAUAUGAUCCCAAGAAGAAACGAGACAUCAGAACAGUAAAAAGGACGGACAUCCAACUAAUCGACUUUGGAAGUGCAACAUUUGAUCACGAGCACCACAGCACUAUAGUUUCUACUAGGCAUUACAGAGCACCAGAGGUUAUACUAGAAUUGGGAUGGCAGCAACCUUGUGAUGUCUGGUCCAUUGGGUGUAUAAUGUUUGAGUUGUACUUGGGGAUCACAUUGUUCCAAACACAUGAUAACCGAGAACACCUGGCCAUGAUGGAGCGUAUCCUCGGACCCAUUCCUUACAGAAUGGGUAGAAAGACAAGGACCAAGUAUUUCUAUCACGGCAAAUUAGACUGGGAUGAAAAGAGCUCUGCAGGCAGAUACGUGCGCGAGAACUGUAAACCUCUUAGGAGCUACCAGACAAGUUCAGAUGAGGACCAUAGGUUACUAUUCGACUUAAUCACCAAGAUGCUGGAAUAUGAACCAGGCCAGCGCAUCUCCCUGAGCGAGGCACUUAGGCAUCCUUUCUUCGAGAAAAUCCCUCCUCACCAGCGGUUAGGCGACGACCAUCGGGAACGCUCACAUUCCCUCUCACGGUGAUGCCAGAUAUUCCAAGGGUCCUACAGCACUGCUGCCUAACUCAUAUACCUUUUCCUUGUGCUCUCCCGGGCUGUUAACAGUUCAUGUGCCGGAUUAUGUAGAUAAGUCAAGAUAUUAGCUCAGUUUAAUAUACGUAACCAGCAACUGAAUCUCAGUAAGGAUUUCAGCAAAAUUACCAUUAUUAUUAUUAGUCUUGUUGAACUGAAAUGGUAUAUUUUUAAGGUUCAUUAUUUUACAAUAAUAAAAAUUGUUGAUGAUGGGUUAGUACAAAGAAGGUGUUGAUUCUUUGAGUGGGUGAUUGGGCAUUGAACCUUUUAUAGGAUGAAUGGGGUUUGAUUGUUCCUGUGAUCUUGUUUGUGGAAUUAACCACCUUCUUGGUGAAAGUCCCAUUAUUAUUCCUAGCUAACUAAAAAGAGUUAAAAAAAAAGAAUACAUACAUUAAAAGCAGAGCUCAAGACUUGAAAGGAAGCAGGCUGAGCAACUGUUCACAUUAGCAUAUGGCAUUGGGAGGGAUGCAAGGUAGUUUAAUAUAGGAACAUUUUACAUGUGUCUUUGUGCAUUAAGUUGUAAUUAUCUGUGAACUUGAACUAUCAUUUGGUAUGUUUUUAAAAGCUUUUGUUUUUAAAAUGAGGCUACCACAUGACAAAAGGUGAAUUUCCUCUUUGUUCAGAGGUAAUGAACAAUUGGUUACUAGGAAAAUGAAUGUAUGAACUAAGGGAGUGUGAAGGAGCAUCCACACUGUAUUGUGUAGGAAUUAGGGACAAUUGAACUUCCUGUAAAGGAUCUCUCUGCUCUUUAUCAAAGCCAACUUCAUAUGUGUUCUGUACAAGAAAGUGAUGUUGUGAACUGUGUAAAAUAUUUUUUAAAAAUGUACAUUAUUUUCUAAUUUGCACAAAAGUUAGAUGAUAUGGAACAAAUGACUGAAACUACUUGUAUCAUUUGAAAUGACACUGCCGGAGAAAGUGGACUCUUUAAAUAAACAGUGUAAAGAUAGCAGCUUGUGGAGCUUGGCGAAGCACACGUGGCUUCCCAUAUUGCCCAACUUUAAGAGUAGGAUGAAAGAUUGGCAUGUCUGCUGUCGGGUUUUUCUUGUAAGUGAUUGAUAGCAUAAAACUUGCUACUGACCAAUUUGUAUCGGAAAAAAACACAAAAAACUGACAAUUAGUCAAACAGCAUCUAACAGAAAAGUGAAGGGAGGUGGAAAUGUUAAUGGGCUGUUGUUUGUACUUCCUGGUGCAUACAUCUUUUCAGACAGUAAUGGAGGGCCUCCACAGUUUCUUUUGUAUUAUCUUGGGAGGUAUAAAGUAUGUAAUAUAUACUUUAUAUAGUACAUAACUAAGGGCAGGAUAUUUGUGUUAUAUCUGCAUAUUUAUAUUGUAUAUAUUAGUUACUUGUGUUGUCCAGCCCUCUCCAAUAUUUUAUUUUGUAUGUGUGUAUUUAAGGAUGUUCCUUUUUUUUCCUUUUUUUUAUUAAAAAAAAAAUUCCAAUUUGAUGAAUGAUAAUUAUCUUCAUUGUAGAUUUUGUGAAUAUUAAAAAAAGCUUCAGCUACAACCAAUGUAGAUUGAGGGCAUUUUUCCAUAUCUAAAAAGAAAAAUAAAAAAAAUCAUAAAAUCGAUUGUGAUGUGUAUAUUGACUGAUGUAUAGUUUGUCUGUAAGAGAAAAGUUUGUUAUUCAUGCAAUGGUAUGACUAGUUUCAUCAAUGCCAAGGCCAUAAAUUUGUUGCUCUCAAUAAAUAUUUUCAUUUAAA